AUGGAGUCCAUUCCUCGAGUAGAGCCAGUUUCCAAUACUGCCAACGACACAGUUAAGAAUGAUGUCGAGGUUUUGUCUGCUGAGCGAGAUGACGUUUCAUCUCAGGAGCCAGGAUCUCCGGCAAGAACUGCGAGAAAGCUUGAUGUCCUCAUUCAGGGCGUCGCUUUGUUUUCGGACGGUUACAACAUCCAGAUCAUCGGGUACAUGAACACUGUUCUGACGAAGCUUUACCCAAAACAAAUGACCAACGAUGUGAAGACUCGACUCUCCAACUCAAUCUUGAUUGGUGAUAUCUUUGGUAUGCUGCUUUUCGGGCUCUGCAUCGACAAAUUCGGCCGCAGAGUGGGCAUCAUCCUGACUACCCUGUUUCUCGUCUUGGGUAUUGUGAUUGCGACUGCAGCGAAAGGAGUCACCGUUGAAGGCAUGUUUUGGAUGAUGGUCAUUGGUCGCGGUAUUGCUGGUGUUGGUGCUGGCGGUGAAUACACCGUUUGUACUUCUCAAGCUUUAGAAUGCGCCGACAGUACCGAAGAAAUGAGAAGGCGGCGCGGUAUGCUGGUUGCCGUUUCUACCAAUGCCGCUAUUAUUUCCGGAUUUGUUGGAUCUAGCAUCGUCUCCUUGAUUGUCAUUGCGGCGUAUAACGGUGAGCCCCAUGAUGGAAUCUGGCGCAUCUGCUUUGGAAUCGGCAUCUUUUUGCCCUUGGCAAUCUUCUUCUUCCGGAUGAGACUUGUCGACUCGCAGCAAUAUCGGAAGCAUGCCAUCCAAAAGAACGUACCCUACUGGCUGGCAAUAAAGUUUUACUGGAAACCGCUCCUUGGCUGCUGUAGCGCGUGGUUCCUCUAUGAUGCCGUCGUCUACCCUUUCAACCUGCUUGCACCUACGCUUGUAUCCGGCUUCUCUUCUAAGCAGACCAUGAUCGAGUCUGUCGGGUGGUCAGCUCUGAUCAACGCAUUCGCUCUUCCGGGCGCUUACAUCGGUGCCCUCUUAAUGGACCGUAUUGGACGCCGCCAGACUUACGCACUUGGGUGGAGCAUCGUUUGUGUCUUCGGGUUCGCCAUCGGUGGCAGCAUGAUCCAGCUCAACAACGUCUUCCCCCUUUUCGUUACUCUGUAUGGCCUGUUCCAGACUUUCCUGUCUGCCGGACCAGGUGAUUGCAACUUUCUGGUGUCAAGCGAAUCUUUCCCUACGCCGCUCAGAGGACACUUCCUCGGCUUCGCGGCAGCCAUUGGCAAGGUCGGUGCCGCGGUCGGCACAACGGCGCUCAGCGCGGCGCUGGCGAGCUUUGACGACAAGCUGAAAGGGCAGCAGGCAAUCUUCCUUAUCGGCAGCGGCAUAUCUGUAGUUGGCACCGUUUGUGUUUGGUUCCUAAUUCCUAACGCCCCCAAGAAUCUGGAAGAUGAGGACGUGCGAUUCAAGAAGUACCUCGAAGCAAAUGGAUACGACACAAGCCAAAUGGGGCUGAAAGCCUGA